GACGUCACUACUGAGCGACAGGCGCGUUCCGUUGGCGGCGGAUUUGAAAGUUCUGACCCGGGUUUCUCUGCCUGAAGAAGCGUAAGAGGGACCGGAUUGUUAUCGCUGGCCCAGUGUCCCCGGAGUUUGUGUGCGAUACAGAGAGCACCUCGGAAGCUGAGGCAGCUGGUACUUGACGGAGAGGAUGGCGCUGUCGACCAUAGUCUCCCAGAAGAAGCAGAUAAAGCGGAAGGCUCCCCGUGGCUUUCUAAAGCGAGUCUUCAAGCGACGGAAGCCUCAACUUCGUCUGGAGAAAAGUGGUGACUUACUGGUGAGAUUCCAUCCCUUCUCUGGCUGGGAAUGGGGCACGGGAGAGGUCCAUCUGAACUGCUUACUGUUUGUUCAUCGAUUAGCAGAAGAGUCCAGGACAAACGCUUGUGAGAGUAAGUGUAGAGUCAUUAACAAGGAGCAUGUACUGGCUGCAGCAAAGGUAAUUCUAAAGAAGAGCAGAGGUUAGAAGUCAAAGAACAUAUUCUUGAAAGUUAUUAUGAUGCCUUCUUUUGGGUGGUAACAGAUCAUAAAGACUUUUUUACACAUCAAUUAAUUUGGGAUUAUUAAAUAUUGGCUAUAAGUGA